AUGGAGAAAUUAUACAAUGAAAGAUAGAAUGAUGUUAAAAACUAUCAAAUAAAAUUUGAAGAGGAUCAGAAGAAAAUAGAGGAGAUGAGACAUGAUUAUCUGAAGGAUUUGAGUCAUCUUAGAGAGUAUAUGUUUCAAAAAGAUUAAGCUAAGGCAGACUAUAUCGAUGUUAGAUACUUUGAAGCAAGCAAAGAUUUGGAUGAGAAAAUUUAGGCAAUUAUUAAUGAAAAAGUAGGUUUGAUGGCAUUAAAGUUUAACACCUAGCUUCAUUAACUAUAAAAGACUAAUGAAAUAUACUAUAAGUAGAUCACUUUAUUUGAAAUGAUCUGCAGAGACGGCAACCAUUUAAUUAGCCUACACGAACUUAAUGCUAUUGAUAUCAUCAGAAAAUUACAUAUCGUGGAGAAAUCACCACAAAAUAUUUGGAAAGCGUUAGAAAGUUCAUUUGGCUAUGGAUUUUUCACUAAAGUUUUAGAAGAAGAAUAUGGAAUCACUCCUGAUUUUUAAGAAAAAAUUCGCAAAGAGUUUAGUGAGGAGCUAAGUAUUGUAAAGCAUGAUGCAGCUACAAAGAUUAACAAAGUUGCAAGUCAAGCUAACUAGGAGAUCUUAAAACUUGCCAAAGAAUUGAGUAAUAAGAACUCAGAUUUAUCAAAUAAAAGGUAGGAAUAUAUCUAGUCUAUAGAAAUGAUCAAAGAUCAAAUGAAGUUUGGUAUCUAAAAGGAUCACUUGAAGAUGAUUGCUGAUCUGGAAAAAGAAUAUCUGAACUAAAUAGCUUUCCAAAAAUAGCAACUGUUUAUAUAUGAGAAUGGUUUCCGUGAUGGUCAUGCUAUUGAGAAAGAUGAAUGGAAGAAGUUUUAUGAUAAAGAAAUUGAGUAAGUAAGAGAUAGCAAUAUAUAGCUGAUUAAAAAGGGAUCAGAAUUAGGCUACAACAUCUAGAAAUAGCAAGCUGAGAUUGAGCUUCUCAAGCACUAGUUUUCCGAGCUGAAUAUGGAACUUGAGUAGUCUUAAAAUGAAUAGCUUAGUAAAAGAAAGUAGUUAACUAACUUGGAAUACGAAGUUAAGAGUGUGAGGUAGACAUUCUAAGACUCAGCUAAUUAUAUAGAGAUAUUAGAGAAAGAAUUUGAAAGACUCAACCAAUAAGGCAAAAAACUAGCAAGGAGUAAUCCUGAAUUAGAAAUGAUGAUCCAAGUUACACCUUUGAAACAGCUGCAAAAAAUGAAAUUCAAAGCAUCUCAUGAUAUGAACAUAAGUACAUAGAAAAAUUUGUAGUUAAUACUUUACGACAAGAAAAGAGACAAAUAUACAUUGACUGAAAUAUAUGAUGUGCACAAAGAUCUCAAUUUCAAAGUUACUAGUGAAAUCUUAUUAAAGCCUCCAAUGAAUGAUGUAAAUACUCAGUAUGAACCUCAUACCAAAGAAAUGCAAACAUAAAUAGGUCAAGCUGUUUUCGAAUAAAAAGAAAAGGAAGUUUUGACUGAUGUAGACAUCUACAAGUAUGUAGAAAUGGAGUAGAAAGCUGAAAAUUUAGAUAAGAUUCAGCCAGAGUAUGAUAGAUUGGUCAGUGAAGAAUAACUAAGAUCUCUUAAAACUGUAAAAUCGAAAAAGAGUCUAGCAAAGAGUAACACUAAAGCAAUGGAUGGAAAUGGGAUUAAAAAAAGCAAAACAUUAAUGUAAAGAGGUCCAAGAAAUAUGGAAAAGAGCUCUAUUGAGUAAUCUAAGGCAUCUUUAGGCUCGGAAAAGAGUUCUAUUAAUUACGAUGAUAAUAGUGAUAUGGAGAUGAUGAAAGAUGGUAGAAAAAGAUAAGUUCGUAACACUAUUGCUGGUAAUUUUAAUGAUAGUGGAUUCCAAAAUAUUUAAGGUUCAAAAUCAAAGCAUGGAAAAUAAUUGUACGAUAGUAGUGUCAAAGAACUUCCUAAGGAUGAAGAUAAUGAAGAAGAAACAACAAGUAAUAUGACUGAAGAUGAAAACUAAGAAGAUGAGGAUAUGAAUUAAACAAGCAAUAAUGUGUAGAACACUAAGAUGUUUGAAGAAAACUUAAAGCACUAGUUAGACAUUGGACAAGAUCUAAUGAAUAUAAGCAUCAAGAUUAAUGAAUCAUAAUAUGAUUAGAUGCAAGAAUAAAAGGCAAGAAAGAAAAAACAAAAAAGUAAACGGGUAUCACCCUAAAGAGUGCAUGUAUAUAAAAUUGUUCCAUAUAACUUACACAGUCUUGGGAAGAUACUAGAUCAUAACCAUAAGAUUCUAAAAGCAAGCAAAGGGGUACAAACUGAAAGUGAAGAAUAGUGCACAGACUCUUCUAUUUUCUUAACAACUCCUAAACCAAAUACAGACUAUAAUGAUAGUGUAGGAUUGCAGGCACAUCUAAUUAGAAGCUAAAGCAGAAGUCGAGUGUAAAGUCAUCAUGCCACUCCUAAGAAUAAAAAAGCCAUCAGAACUUAGAACUCUAAUAAUGAACUGGCAAAGUCUACUCCUAACACAGCGUAAUUCUAUCUCAAAUCAGAUAAAAAGGCUACAAGAGGGGAUACUAAAUCAUCAAAUGAGAGUAAUAAUUGCUUGAAAUCUUUUGAUGGGCAGUUUAAGAGCGGAUAUUAAACGUAAAUGAAGUCUCACAAUAGUGGAGUGGAUAUUAAUUACAGCUUUGAUAAUAAAUCAGCAACUUAUUAUCAAGAUUAAUUCAAAAAGAGCAGCGGGACUGUUUAGAGGUUAAAGGAAUUGCAGGAAUCAAAAUAUAGAGAAGCAGGUAAAUUUGAUUUAGUAUAAAAUUAUUAGAUUAGCCGCAACCUUCUUCUAGGCAAUCAGUUAUUGGAAAUGAUUUACUAAAUAACUCAUAUGAUUUAAGAAAAACCUAGGUUGGAAAGAGAAGAUAGAGCAAAAGGAUAAACUAAAAUCAGACUGUAAUAGACACUUUUGAUAAAAGGUAAAAAUCAAAGAAUGCUUACGGAUUUCAACUAUGCAGAGAUAAUUCAAAAUGAGAUCAGAUCAAAGAACAGUCAGUUUUCCCAUGACUACUCAAGCACCUAGCCAGGUAGACUCAAUGAAAUGUCAUAGAGCAUGGACAGUAGACAUGGAGCUAGAAAAACCAAAUUUAAAAAUGCGAACUUUGGUUUGUCUCGGAUAAAUCAUGGAGCCCAUAAUAAUAGUGGAGCUCACGAUAGUAGUUUUGGGUCAGGAAUACAUAACAAUCAAGCAAGUAGCUACAAACAAAGAAGAAAAAUAUAUUCACACUUUCAUUCUACUGCUAACCCUUCCUAAAAGCCUGAAGUUAACAACAACCAGAGGAGCAUACAGUCACUAGUCAAUUAAAACAAUAAAUUUGACUCAGAAAAUAAGCUUGAUGAGCCGAAAUUUACUCACCAGUAAACAGAUACCAAGAGAAAGGCUCCAUAAUUCGAUCAUUAAGAAAGUGUUAUUGAAGAAGAAAAUUUUAAGAAGGAUCCUCAUUAGCUUUGA